AUGGAGCUCACAUACAAUCCUCUGAAAGAUAGAAAUCAUCAAAAAUACAUAAAGCUUGUCCCUCACAAAAAUCUACAACCCUCUUUAUUUAAUGUCAAGAACCUAUCCAACAAAGACCUGUCUCAAGACAUUAUAUUUGCGCUUGCCAAAGGUCCUAACUUCACAAUGGCACUUAGAAAGAUUCCACAGGAAGAGAUUAUCAGCCAAAUAGAGUCAACCGACUUCCAUCAAAACAAGCAGAUGAAAACGAUUGGCCCUUCAAGACCUUACAGAGACACAGACAUCAUCGUGCUUCCAGUCGACAAAGGCAACACGACUGUAGUCGUCAUGAACACAUCAGAUUAUAAGAAAAAGAUGAAGAACCUUCUUUCGGACAAAGCAUACAAAAAACUUGAUAAAAAUCCAACUAAUAUAAUCGCACAAAACAAGAUCCUAGUGAAAAAAAGCAAUAUUUCUAGUAAAACCAAAUCAACAUUAAUACUUAUGAAUCCUUUUCCACCAAGACUAUACGGACUAUCAAAAAUAUACAAACAAAACAUCCCUUUCAGACUGAUUGUCAGCGCUAUACACUCCCUGACAUACAACUUAUCCUGCUUCUUAGCAUAA